AUGUGCUCACAAGCACAACCUGGACAGACGGUUAUUUUCGUCCCCAGUGCCAGCGUCACCCCGGAGCUUCCCAACGUGUUGACCAGUACUUAUGGAGGUUCAGUCACUCUUACAUCUGUUAUCUCCACCGGCCCUGGAGGAUCUGGGCAGACAGUCAUCUUCGUCCCCAGUGCCAGCGUCACUCCAGCUCUUCCCAACGUCUUGACCAGCACGUACGGCGGCUCAGUUACUUUCACUUCCGUCCUGCCCACCGGUCCGUCCGGAGAACCCGGCCAGACGGUCAUCUUUGUUCCCAGUGCUGCACCUAGUGCUACACCCACCGUUACCCUUGGCGGUGUGUUGACGAGCACGUACGGCGGCUCCAUCACCUUCACGUCGACGCUGCCCACCGGUCCUUCAGGAGAGCCUGGCGCGACGGUCAUCUUUGUGCCCAGUGUCACCGGAUCUCCAGCACUUCCCAACGUCCUCACUUCGACAUACACCGGCUCAGUCACUCUCACCACUGCGCUCCCCGUCGGACCUUCGGGAGAAACUGUCACUGUCAUCCUCGUGCCGAGUCAGACGGCCACACCCGGUCUGCCCAAUGUCCUCACAUCAACGUACGGCGGUUCAGUUACUGUCACAAGCACAAUCCCGGUCGGCCCUUCAGGAGACGUCGUUACGGUUAUCUUUGUCCCCAGCUCGACGGCCGAGCCCGGACCGACCACUCCGCCCGGUCUGCCCAAUCUCAUCACGUCGACAUACAGCGGCUCCGUCACAGUCACCACGACGUUGCCCGUUGGGCCUUCAGGCGAUAUUGUCACUGUUAUCCUGGUCCCCAGCUCAACGGCGGCGCCUGGCCUUCCCAAUCUCUUGACCAGCACGUACGGUGGAUCCGUCACCUUGACUUCAACACUAACCGUCGGGCCCUCAGGAGAUGUGGUUACUGUCAUCCUGGUGCCGAGCCAGACCACGACACCUGGCCUGCCCAAUAUCCUGACCAGCACGUACGGUGGAUCCGUCACCUCGACCUCUACUCUGACAGUUGGUCCAUCUGGAGAUGUCGUCACUGUCAUCCUGGUGCCGAGUCAGACUCCCCCGCCGGGCCUGCCCAACAUCUUGACCAGCACGUACGGCGGGUCCGUCACCUCGACUUCAACCUUGACUGUCGGUCCAUCCGGAGACAUCGUCACCGUCAUCUUGGUUCCGAGCCAGACUGCGGCACCUGGACCUCCUGGCGUUUCUACCAGCACCUACGAUGGAUCCGUCACACUGACAUCUACCCUGCCGGUUGGCCCCUCGGGUGAACUUGUCACUGUUAUCUUGGUGCCAAGUCAGACAGCCGGCCCCGAGCUUCCCAACGUCUUGACAAGCACGUAUGGAGGCUCAGUGACGCUGACCACGACCAUCCCGGUUGGAUCAUCCGGCGGCGUUGCCACCGUCAUUCUGGUCCCGAGUUCGACCAGCUCACCCAGUGCCGGUCUUCCCAACAUCCUCACCAGCACCUAUGACGGCUCUGUCACGCUCACCACCACCCUGCCCAUUGGUCCAUCCGGUGACCCGGCAACGGUUGUUCUGGUUCCGAGCCAAACAGCGGCUCCCGACAACCACCGUUCUUGGACCUUCGGGUGA